AUGGAAAGGCGGAAGCUUGCAACGGAAUUUGUUAACGACAGCAACAGUGAUGACUCCAACACCCUGAUAAUGGCUGGAAAUACCGGAAUCCAGGAGGAGGCAAGCGCGGAGCUCCUGCGGAGUUCUGAGCUCCUUGAGACGGAGCUCCUCGAGACGGAGCUCCUCGAGACGGAGCUCCUCGAGACGGAGCUCCUCGAGACGGAGCUCCUCGAGACGGAGCUCCUCGAGACGGAGCUCCUCGAGACGGAGCUCCUCGAGACGGAACUCCUCGAGACGGAGCUCCUCGAGACGGAGCUCCUCGAGACAGAGCUCCUCGAGACGGAGCUCCUCGAGACGGAGCUCCUCGAGACGGAGCUCCUCGAGACGGAACUCCUCGAGACGGAGCUCCUCGAGACGGAACUCCUCGAGACGGAGCUCCUCGAGACAGAGCUCCUCGAGACGGAGCUCCUCGAGACGGAGCUCCUCGAGACGGAGCUCCUCGAGACGGAGCUCCUCGAGACGGAGCUCCUCGAGACGGAGCUCCUCGAGACAGAGCUCCUCGAGACGGAACUACAGCGAUAUUUAGCUGUGAAAAAAAUUCCUGAACCUUGA